GGGUGGGGACCCCAUUUCUGCUUGGGACUAUAAAGGGCGAGCGGUAAGGCCCCGCCUCAGAGCACCCCAAACUUGACACCAUGAAGAUCCCAGUUCUUCCUGCUGUGGCUCUUCUCUCCCUCCUGGCGCUCCACUCUGCCCAGGGGGCUUCCCUGGGGAGUUCUGAGGAAGAAACCAGCAUUGAGAAUUAUGCGGCGGGAUCUGAGGCCUUUAACAAUCAGUUCCUGAACAUCGACAAGUUGAAAUCUGCUUUAAAGCCUGAGGAAUUCCUGAACUGGCAUGCCCUCUUCGAGUCUAUCAAAAAGAAACUUCCAUUCCUCAACUGGGAUGCCUUCCCUAAGCUGAAAGGACUGAGGAGCGCAACUCCUGACGCUCAGUAACCAUUCCCUCCAAGACCUAGGACUGUUGAACCCCACUGGAAGGGGGGCGCUCACAGGAUCUGAUUCCCACCCGAUGAAAACUCUCGCCUGGCUCAGCAACUCCAAUAAAAUGUGUUCCAUCCAAAUA